CGAGUUUUUGCGGGUCGGCUCAAAAAAGCCGCAAGGCAGCCUAAAUCGUCGGUUUCGGGGACGUGCGAGGCGGCUGCACAACUACCAGAAACCAUCGAGUACUCAGAGCUGGGCGGGCGCGGCUGGGAAGCGCUGUAGUUUCCAAUUUGCCCUGUAUCGGCCAGGGCUGCAAAUUGACGCGAAACGACGAUGGCCCAGCCCGGCGAGCGCGUCUGGAUAAGACACUCGACAGAAGUGUGGGAACCCGCGGUCGUCGAUGCCGUCGACGGGUUGCGGGUCCAGGUCCACGCGGUCGGCGGCGCGCGCGAACUUACCUUCAAAGAUGCUGCUACUUUAGAGGACGGCGUCAAGCGUCGCAACGAAGGAGAUAUUGCCACUGUGGACGAUCUCGUAAGGUUGCCCUUCCUGCACGAACCGGCCAUCUUGCAUGUCUUAAGAAGUAGAGCCCGAGCCGGUUUGAUCUAUACGAACGUCGGCGCGAUCUUGUUGGCGGUGAACCCCUUCAAGCGGCUACCAGAAUUGUACGGUAAUAAUGCGGUAGAGACACAGAGAUCAGCAGGAGCAUUAAGAGCCGCGGACCCGGAAUCCGCACAACCACCGCCGCCCCACUGCUUCGCCGUCGCCGACCAGGCCUACCGCCAGAUGCGUUCGGCACUCACAGGGAGAAAACCCGCGGACCAGGCCAUCCUCAUCUCCGGAGAGUCUGGCGCCGGUAAAACAGAAACGACAAAAUUCGUGAUGCGCUACUUAGCCGGUUUGUCGUUGCAGGGCGGGUCGUUACAGGGCCUGGAGGCGCGGGUCCUGCAGACGAAUCCCGUCCUCGAAGGUUUUGGGAACGCUCGCACGUUGAGGAAUGAUAAUUCCUCAAGAUUCGGCAAGUGGAUCUCGCUGGACUUCGACGAGCGAGGGCGAUUAGCUCGGGCGGGUCUGCGGACCUAUUUACUCGAGAAGGUGCGGUUAGUACGACAGACGGAGGGCGAGCGGGGCUUCCACGUCUUCUACGAGGCCCUCGCUUCGAGAAAACUCAAGAACUGGCCUUCCUCUGAAAGGGAGUCGGUGUGCGUGUCUGGUAGUAGUAGAGGCGUCGAUGGGCGAGAUGAUGGGGUGUUGGACGCGGAUAGUUUUGAGGAACGUGUGCGAGCAUUGACCACUUUAGGACUGGAUCAAGAUGGUAUCAACAAGGCCUUUGCUACGUUAUCAGCUGUUCUACACUUGGGCGCAGUCCGCUUCGUCAAGGAGCACAAGGGCGCGACACAAGACUCCGGGAGUAGCGUCGACCCUUCCUCGAGACAUCGCUUAAAUCAGGCGUCCGAAGCCUUAAAGGUCGAGCCCACGGCCCUAGAGCUAGCUUUGUGUAGGAGGAACGUCACAACAGCCGGAGAAUCCUUAGAAUUGCACUUACCCCCAGACGCGGCGGCAAGGUCGCGCGACGCCCUCCUCAAGGCCAUCUACGGCGCUUUGUUUGACGACCUCGUCAGGUCCUGCAACCGCGCGUUGCAGGCGGACGUCCCGACAAGCGCCUCGAUAGGCCUCCUCGACAUCUUCGGCUUUGAAGUGUUCGCCACCAAUAGCUUUGAACAGUUACUCAUAAACUACACCAAUGAAAGGUUGCAAGCGCACUUCAACAACUUCGUCUUCGAAAAUGAACAAAGAUUAUAUGCCUCCGAAGGUUUAGAGUGGGACGCCGUUGAUUUUCCCGACAACACUGAAGUGCUGGCGCUCAUCGAGGGGUCCAAAAAGUCUUUAACACCUUCCAAGACGAGGCAGACCCUACCUUCGGUCCAGCAGCAGGCCGCCAUCGGGUUACUGGCUACUAUAGAUGAUGAAUGCUUGCUCGUUGCGGGACGGGCGGACGCCGAAACUUCAGAUGCGGUCACCGAUGACUUGGAUGAGAGGUCAGCUCGAAUCCUAGGUGAGCGCCUCAAAAAAACGUUCAUCAACGAAGCGAGGUAUGCUUGUGAUGCCAAGCAGGAGCGAGGCGCAUUAUUCAGCGUUCAUCACUACGCCGGCCCGGUCGAAUAUAGUGUCAGAGGCUUCGUGGCCAAGAACAUGGACACUUUAGCUCCAGACGCGUCGAAAUUACUCGCUACGUCGUCGUUCGCGAACGCGUUCGACACGUCAUCUGCGACGUCGUUGUCUCCCGAACGCAAGUGGGGCUCCGGGCGACGUGUCACUGGUAGAAGGGCGUCUUCACUAGCGACAACCACGGUAGCGCAACGCUUCCGGACGUCGCUAGGUGCUUUAUUGGUGGAGAUUCGGGCGACGUGCCCGCACUUCAUAAGAUGUCUGAAGCCAAAUGACGCGAACGUGCCCGACGUGCUCGAAGCACCUCGACUCGUCGAGCAGCUGCGGUACUGCGGUGUUUUAGAAGCUGUUAGAGUUGCUCGGGCGGGCUAUCCUGUUAGGUUACCUCAUGCGGAGUUUGCUCGCAGAUACAGGUGUGCGGCCCCGGCGGGAUGGGUCUACAAGCCGCCCAAACUGGACGAUGCUUUGGACGGGGCGCAGAAGGCGGCUUUACAUGCGGCGAGAGCAUUAGUGUUAGUGUUGGCGCCGGGCGCGGAGUUAAGGGUCGAGCCCGCUACUCAAGGUGAUAGGAGACGAGGCGUCGCCGUCGGCAAGACCAAGGUCUUCCUAAGGAAGGACGCGUUUGAAGCCCUCGAAGCGCUACUAGCUAGAAGGACGGCGGAGGCGGCCGUCCGGGUCCAGAAGGCGUUCCGCGGCCGCGAAGCGAGAAGGUACCUCCGCUCUGCUAGAAAGCUGGCUCAUUUUGUUCAAGUAAGAGCGCGCCUCAAGUUACGAAGGAGGCGGCGGGCGGCUCUGUCGAUUGCCGGCGCCGUGCGCGUCGUCGGCGCGACCCGCAAGUUUAGGGCCUCGCGACGCAUCGCGCGGGCCGCGCAGACGGCGGGUCGGGGCGCGCAAGCGCGGCGGAAGCUCGGCUGGUUACGAGACGCGAAGGCCGCGCGCAAGUUGCAGAGGGUAGCGCGGCGGGGCGAAGCUAGAGGGAGCUUUCACAGGCUGCGGUCCGCGUGCAUCACCUUGCAGUGUCUAGCUAGAAUCCAACAAGCGAAGCAGGCGAAGCGCCACGAGCACCAACUCAGGAGGGACGCGUCUCUGGUGUUGGUCGAUCUCCGCAAGGCCGAGGUCCGCACGGACGCGGUGCGCGCCGAGACGGCCGCGGCGAUCGCCUCCGCCAAGCUCGCCAAACAAACCCACGACGAGAAAAUCAAAAUGUUGGAUUUGGAAUUAAGACGCCAGGCGACGGCGCGCGUCGCCGCGCGCGCGGAGGUGGCCGCUGUUAGAGCGGAGCGCGACGCCGCGUUGAAAGCCUUGCAGGCAGAACGGGAUCUAAGGCAAGCACCUACUGACCCCGGCCUCAAGACGAAAGCGCGGGACGCCGCAAACGCCCAGCGCGACGCGCGGGCCAUCGUCGACGCUUGUGCGCAAGAUUGUCGAGAUGCUGCUGCCAGAGCCUCGAUGUCGCAGUCGGCGAAGAGUGCAUUGGACGCCGAGGCCGGCCGCUCGGCCGUCGCCGCGACGGAGGCCGCGCGGCGGUGUACUGAUAUAGAAAAGAAGGCGAAUCGGGCCGCCGCGCGCUUCGCCGAGGCGAGCGGCCGCCAAUCGCGAGACACCUUCUCCGAGGACGGCGCCGUGAUGACGCCGCUGGCGACGGACGAUCGGCGUGCUCUAGAUGUGGCGCGCGACGCGUCGCGCUUAGCCAAGGAGGCCUUGCAAGCAGCGCGUGCGACGAAGGAGUGCCGGGCACUAAGAGCUAGAGCGGCAAGGCGGUUGGCCGACGACGCGAGGCAGCUCCAGGCCGAGGAGCCGCCGCCCGUCCCGUUUGAUCUGGGCAUGCAGCAGCCCAUCGCGUCGGAUUCUGACGGCGAGUUCCCCGAGGAGGCCGCCUCGCCGGGCAUGCGCAAAGCCCGGAAGCGCAUCGGGCGCCAGAAGGAGGAGAUCCACGCCUUGCGACGGUUGGUCUGCGGCGGCUGGAUGGCCCAGUGGCGCAUGCUCUGCGAACUGGGCGAGGACCCCGUGCCGGCCGUGGACGACGACCCGUCGACACCCUCACGCGAGAGCUUGGAGGACGACGAGGACUACGAGUUGGAGUUUAGUGGAGGCGCGCGCGUCGACCCGGCGGCGUUGGCGGGGCGCUUCGCCGCGGACAUCUCGGCGCUCGACGCGGCGACGGCGCAGCUCGCCGGCGGCGCGGCCCCCGACGCGGAGGCGGCGCCGUACGCGUCGGCUUUGGCCGAGACGCUACUCCAGAUGGAGCGCGCGUCGGGGUGUCUGCGGGCGCUCGCGGCCAUCGAGGUGGCGCCCUGGACGCCGGCGCAGCUCCGGGAGCAGCUCGACGCGGCCUACGGCCGCCUCGAGGACAUGAGCAGCCGGCGCGGAUCCAUCACGCGGCGCGCGACGCCGACGCGGCGGCCGGCGAACGGCACGAACUCCACGUCGUGGGUGAGCGUCUGGAACUGCGGCGCGUUUGGGCACCGCGACGAACUCGCGGCGGACGAGGCUUGACCACUCGGCGCGGCACGCGCCGAGCGGAAAUAUACUGAUGAGUAAACACACAGUUUUGGUUAA